GUUUGUACACAACGAAACGUAUGGAAAAAAAGAACGGAACAGAAAAGCACGCUCAUUUACAUGUAGUAUUAAUUCUCGGGACUGUUCGGAACUCACACUUUGCACCUUCCAACUCAGCCAAAACAGCUCUUUUUCGCUCCGUAAACUCAGCUGAAACCAGGUAAAUGCUUCCAGUUUGCCUUUCGUCCUUCUAGCCGGUCCGUAGACGAGUUUCAAAGCAGGUUUCCAGAACAGCAGCAAAAUGAGUGCACAAAACGUGACCGAAGCCUCUAGUGAGGCUGAAACAUCUUCCACCACUACCACCACCACAGCUACCACCCAGCAGCCAAAGACCCAGUUGGGCGUUUUACCCGCCCAGCAGGCAGUCACCCCAAUGCCAGUGGGUACAUCCUUCGCGACGUUGCUUGCCAACUCACAGGCUCAACAGAUUGCACAGAUACAAGCCCAGGGACAACCACAAUUCAUUGUCAAUGCACACCCUCAGAUGCUUCUACAGCAACUUCCACUGGCACAGGUUGCACAGAAGCAGCAGCCUCAGGUGUUCAGCUUGCAGGGACUUCCCCUUACCCAGGCUACAGCUGCUGCAGCUAUGGCGGCAGCAGCCCAGAAAGUGCAGGCACAGCCCAUAACGGCGAGCAGUGCCAACCUUGUGCAACAGUCUGGGCUAUCCAGAAUCCUCCAAGCUCAACCAACACUCCAGACCCAGCUCACCACUCAGCCACAGCCAACUGUCGUCUCGGUCGCCCAGCCGCUGUCCCAGGCACAAACAGUACAGACCGUAACGCAGCCCUCCUCCCAGGUCCCAGUCACACUGACGCAGGCCCUGACUGCCCAGCAGCUGCAAUUGCUGCAGCAGCAGGCGACGGGACAGGUUCAGUUGCCUUUCACAGACCUCUCUAAGAUGUGGCAGCAAGGGGGCCAACUCCCUUCGCAGUUGGCCGGUCAGUUCGGCAAUCAGCUACACCAACAACAGCAGCAGCAACAGCAACAACUGCAGCAGCAGCAACAACAGCAGGCAAAGAUAAGCACCCAGAACAUGUUACCCGGCACCUCACUGCAGCAGAUCAGCACAACAGACCUGCAGCAGCUGCAGCAGUUACAGCAGCAGAACCCAAUGCAGCAGUACGUUUUCCUCCAGGCUGGCCAGACCAACAUGCCGCAAUUUGUUCUCGUGCAACCCAAAAAGGUGGCGCCAAACAUGCAGCAGCAGUUUUUCCUCCAGCAACAGGCUACACAGCAACCAGGCCUCUUGCCUCAACAACCUAGCAUGUUGCAACAGGUACAAGGGCAGCAUAACUUGCUUCAGAGUUCAACGUUGGUCGGUACCCACACUGUACAACAGCCUGCAGUGACACUGGCUACAAUAGCAAGUACACAGGCUGGAGCAACCAUCGUAGCAGCCCCGCCCACAAUCACCGCUCAGCAGCAGCUUCAGAUUCAACAUGCCCAUAAGACAUCAGCAAUCCAACAGGCUGAGGAGUCUACCGAUCUAGAAGAACUAGAACAGUUUGCAAGAACCUUCAAACAGAGACGGAUAAAACUUGGCUUCACACAAGGUGAUGUUGGAUUAGCUAUGGGUAAGCUGUAUGGCAACGAUUUCAGCCAGACGACCAUCUCGCGCUUUGAGGCGCUCAAUCUUAGCUUCAAGAACAUGUGUAAGCUGAAGCCAUUGCUUCAGAAGUGGCUUGACGACGCCGACUCCACCAUCUCCAAUCCGUCGCUGCUUGGAGGGACCGGCUUGGACUCUCCAGACUCCCUCGGACGGCGUCGGAAGAAACGCACGAGCAUCGAGACCAACAUCCGCGUGUCUCUAGAGCGGGCCUUCAUCCACAACGCUAAGCCCACCUCUGAGGAGAUCAUGAUGUUAUCGGAGACCCUCGGUAUGGAGAAGGAGGUCGUACGAGUUUGGUUCUGCAACCGUCGCCAGAAGGAGAAGCGCAUUAACCCUCCAUCAAUAAACCUAGCGAGUCUUGGCUACAACGGUACCGGUCCGCUCAUGAGCCCAACAACGGUCACACACACACAGUUAAAUUCCAACAACAGUAUCGGUCUGCCAAUCACGUCGGCCAAUGUGACCGGGGUGGUGGGAUCAGGCCCUGGUGGUCUGACCAUGAACGCGACCAGAAUCAUCACAAGCGUCGCGCAGGCCGUCGCUAACAACAACAACCCGCUGAAUAAUUUCAAGGUCAUGAACAACACAACGACGGUCAACAGCGCGAUCACGGACGCUGUCAAUGCGGUGUCUGUGCCUACCUCACUUGUCCCCACCUCACUGGUCCCAAAGACCAUCCAUCUGGGCCAGCCCGUUCCAGUGUCCAUCGGCACGAACGGUGUGCAACCCACGAAUCUGUCAAUAAACACUACAUCUAACACACUACCCAUGGAAGUUGUUACGAUGUCAGUUUCUAGUCAUGAGACCUCAACAGCACCUGCUUCAACCAUGUCCACUAUUGAGACAAAUGUAAUAGGAACGAAAUAAAUCCCCCCUCCUCCUCCAAACAGAUGAUGCAAGUCUUAUAAAUCCCCCCUCCUCCUCCAAACAGAUGAUGCAAGUCUUCGUCAAUCUUGGGAACUCUAGGCUCCGUUUUUGAGAACUUUGGGUUCCCUGUUUUGGGGACUCUGGCUUUCCAGGUACAUUGCUUUGAAGUAUGAGGAAACCAAUAUCAGACAAUAAAUUGGAAUAGACUUGCUCAACUGCCCCCUGAUAAAUUCAUGGCUUGAUUUUGUACGUCGGUUGACAGGUUUUUGUGACAGUUCAGUGAUCAGACCAAAUCGUUGAGAAGUAAGUGUGUGUUGGAAAGCUGGAAGGAAAAAACCUGAAGGUAUGAGCUAUGCAUAAAGUACUUCUGCAAAGUCUUGAAAACGUCUAGCUCGUUGUGCUUGCAGAGUCAUUCACCGAUGAAUUCAGAAUCUUGAUUUGUAAAGUUGGCGAUGUUUUUCUAACGGGAAAGCGUGUCAUUAAACCUGAGUGUGUGAAUUAUGAGAAUAGGUCAAUAUCUGCUGAGUUUGUUUGGCCGGCCUUGUACCAAGAUGGUAAGUUUUUACUUGCAACUAUUGGAGGCGAUCAAGUGUGUGCUAAAACAAAGCAGCACAAAGGAACAUUUUUUGAACAAGAGUCUGGCUGCCUCCAAGUGAACAAUUAAUGUGAAGAUUUGUUGGUUGUGUGUGGAGAUAGACAAUGCAUUCAUGAUAACCCACCGUCAUCCUAGAGGUCAAAUAAUCGCAAUGCACUGCCAAUCAGCAACCUCCAGAUAGAGGGCGCCCUGCUCAAUGUCAUUCGGUUGGUAACAAGAACAUGGUUGCCUGUCAUGCCCAGUAUAUCCUUCACGCAAAUAGUGAAAGCAAAGCGAAUUCCCUGCGUCGCAGUUGAAGAAAAAAAUAACGGCGUGUAUCUCAUCAUUUGCAUCACGUACAGUAAUAAGCUUUGCAUGGGCUUUCAGGUGAAGUACAUGUAAAGACCGGGCUUAACUCUGGGCAGGACUAGACGAAGCCUAGCGUACACCAUUGGUCUCCUUAUAGCUGGUUUGAGGUUUUUUGUUGUUAUUCAAAAGUUAAAGUUGAGUUUUGGGGAGUUUACAGAACUAGAAAUGCAGAUUGUACCCAAAUUGUAAAGUUUGUUGUCUGUAAAAUUGUACAAUGCAUCGCUGCAAGUAGUUUUUUUAUGGUGGUGGGAAUGGGGUUUUUAUAUAUUUUUUAUUUUUACGUUUGGGAUGUUUUUAUUUGGUCUCCAAUGUUUUGGUCUCAAAACCAUUAUGACCUUAUGAUGGGUUUACACACUCCAUGUAAAUUGAUUUUGUUAUAAUUAAGAGAAGAUAUCAAAGAAUUUCCUUUUAAAGGUACAUACCAAGGGUUGGGACUAUAAGGUCGUUAGUUAAUACAUGUAGAUUUGUUUGCAGUUUUAUUGGGUGGAUUUGCAUAUUUAUUGUUGGAGUUGGUGGUUAAUGGAGCUAAUUGAUCAAGAGCUGUCUCCACAGAAUUAGUUUGCUAAAAAGAAACAAUGAUCUCUAAAGAAGAUAUCUUUUGACUUUUGAUGAAUUAUUUAACAACCUUUUGAUUAUUACAAAUAUGAAAUUGCAACUAACGACCUUAUAGAGCUGACGAUGCUUUCAAUUUGGAGACAGGUCUUAGAGUUUAGCUCAUAGAGCUAGAACAGACCAAGGGUGGAUUUCACAAAGAGUUAAGACUAGUCGCAUCUCGAGUUAGGACAAGUUACUCGUCCUAACUUAGGA